AUGAAUCCUCAAUCAACAAAGAAUAAAGAUAAAGUCAAGCAGCAUUUCAAAAUUUCAGAAUUUAUUUUAGAAAAACUAUUAAAUGACUUUGGCUAGAAACCUAUUGACAGAAGAUUAAUAACUUGCUAUGUGAAUGAUUAUAAAUCUAAAUAUUCAUCUUACAACGAACAAGGAGUAAGGUAACUAAAAAUUGAACUUAAAUCUGCUUUACUGAAAACUGACUCUGAGAAAGAGUAGAUAAUGGCGAGUCUUAUUAGCAACUUUAAUUCUCAAUUGUUACAAAAGGAUUAACAAUCAAAUGUAAAGAAAUAGAAGAAUAACAGAAAUGCAUAAAUGGCCACUCUUCCACAAGAACAGCAUAAUCAAAACAAUAAUUUGGCUUACCAUGAAAUACAUAGACAAGAAUCUUUGGCCUCUGAAAAUCGAUAGAAGUCCAUUUAUGAGAUUGAGGAUGAUAACUAAGAUGAAUGGGCAGCCAUUAUUAAAUAUGAUACAGCAAAGUAUUAAAAGGAGUAAUUAGAAACGAAGAAGAAAUAAUAAAUUAUGAAAUAAAAGUUAAAAGAAGAUUUGGAUAAACAAUUAUACGAAAAGGAGUAAUAAAAAAGAGAAGAAGAAAUGAAGGAAGCAUUAUUUGCUUAACAAAAUUAAUAGCGUAAAAUUGAAUUUGAAUAAUUGGAGAAAUAGAAAAAAGAAUCAUAAAAGCAUAAAUAAUUUGAAGAAAAAAAGUUAAGGGAUGAACAAGUACAACUUGAAAAAAUAAGAAAAAAGGAGAUCUAAAUGUAGUCUAAAUUAAAGGAGGAUGAAAUUUUAUAACAAUUAAAAAAUGAGAUCAAUCGAGAAUCUCUUGAACUUAACAAAAAACGAUAGGAAUAAAAGGAAAAGUUCUAAUAAAUACUUAAAGAGAAUGAGUUACUCAGAUAAAAGGCUCAAGAUGAUUUGAAACAACAAAGAGAUCUUGAUUAGAAAAUACAACAAUUAGAGUUACAAAGAUAAAUUCUAGAGGAUGAAAAGAGGGAGAAUUAGAAAAAGGAAAGGGAAGAGAAGAUUAAAUAGUUCAUGAGCAAUUAUAGCUUUUAAGUGCUUAGUAAAUAAUAAGAGCAGGAGGAAAAUGAAGGAAAAUAUUUAGUAGAACAAUUAAAGAAAUAAGAACAAUUAGAAAAACAAUAAGAAUUGGAUAAGAAAUAAAAGGAGAAACAAAAAAUGGAAUUGAUCAAAGAAUAAUUGUAAUUGCAAAUCCAAUAAAAAUAACAAAAAAAGUUAACAGAAGAGGAAGAAUAAAAGAUGUUAUUCAUUCAAUAACAACUUGAUAUACUAAACUUCUCUUAGAAGUAGUAAGAAAAAUAGGAAUCAAUCAGGAAAAGUCGUAAAUAGAACUAAGAUGAUAUUAAAAAAUAGAUUGAAGAGUCAAGGAAUAAAAGUUUGCAUGAAAAAAUGUCUAAGUUGGAGUUACUCUAAAAUAAAAGACUCUUAAAAAACAUUGCAAAUGAUUAGGAGAUAAAAACUAAAUUUAGAAAAGUCAAUGUUUCUUUAAAAUGA